AACAGGGAUACAUUCCGCCAUGGAGAGCAGCGUAGACUUAUCGUUAGAUGACCAACUCUGCAUCGCGUCCACGCACAAUGCAAGCGGCGGAUUCUGUGGUCAGGGGGUGAACGCAAAUCACGCGACAGUUCAGAAUGCGAGUGUUGACAACAUUGAUACGGUAGAUGCAGUUUACGUAAUGAUAUUUGGAAUCUUCGGUGGAACAUUAGGGAAUAUCUUAAUGCUGAUGGUUAUCGGGUUAGACAGGAAGCUAUGGACCGUACCAAAUACGUUUGUUGUAAGCAUAGCAAUCUCGGAUCUACUUGUGACCGCGGAAGCUUUUCCUCUGAUAUUUGUGAAUAAUAUUCGUGGGCGGAAUAUUUUGGCUGUCAAUGGCGACGGAGAACUGGCAUGUAAAUUCCAAUGUGCUGUUCAUAUCUUGUCCGUGAGCGUAUCGCUUCUUGGUAUAAUGGCUGUAGCAAUAAAUAGAUACCUCUGUGUUUGUAGAGUUGGUUUGUACAAGAGAAGAUUCGGGAUGCGGACAGCGAUUCUGCUCAAUGUGUUCCUUUGGACGUGUUCGUGCGCAGUCACGGUCAUUGCCGUGUGGUACGAUCUAGUUUCGACGAAGUACAUCCCAAGCCUUUCGUCAUGUGGAUUCCAGCACAAUCUAAGCAUUUUAUACGUCUAUGUCAGUAACUUUACUUUCAUCUACAUGCCAAUGAUUGUGACGUUGAUCUGUUACAUCAACAUAUAUAGAGCGUUAUCCCGGUCAACAAGACGCUUCUCAAAAGGUGGUUCCCGGAUUUUCCGGAGACAGGAUUCGGGUGCUACAGGCUGCGCAAAGUGUUUGCCUCCGGUGACCAAACGAGACAUCCAAACCAUAAAGGUCCUGUUCCUUACUUAUGCGGCAUUUGUGAUAUGUUGGCUGCCUUAUACUUUCAUGUCUUUCAUUGCCGUUUACGGGACGAAGCAUUUGCUAGCCUAUAAGAUCACCGUUCGAAUGUGCAUGAGCAACUCCUGCGCCAACAGCGUCGUUUAUGGAAUAUUCAAUAGACGAUUCAGGAAAGGUUACAAGAAGAUCAUAUGCUGCGAGUUCUUUAGGUUUACACGAAACGGUUCGCCAUCAACGUCACCAACCGGCAGUUGGAAAAACAAAGAAACGAAUGACAAUGAUUUGGUGAACAACGUCAUUUUAUAAUUUUUACUAUGAUCAUCACGAAUACACUUUAUCACUUAUGAUGACCCUCUUUAAU